AUGUCUAAACUAAAUACAUUAUUACCCCUCAGGAUAAUAACAAAAAGGUCCAUAUCCGAAAACAUAGUACUAUCAAAUAAAGGUAAUAAUAAUAACAACUCUUCAUUCCCUACUCCUGAUGAAUUAAACCCACUUUCUCAUUUAAACCUUAACCUUAACUUCGAUAAGAAGGGAAAUGGGAAUGAUAAUAAUAAUAAUAGUAAUGGCAUCUUACCCACGCCCGCAUUCGCCAGAUCAAACAUGAACUCACCACCACCCCCACCACCAUCGGCAUUACGACAAGUAGACGUACCAAACUUGAUGAGAUUGAACCCUAGAGAAGCAGCAAUGGGAUCCAAAUUAAUAGACACAUAUGCAGGUAGAGUCAUCGACGUAAGGAAUGGGAAUACAAUUGCAGGAAUGAGAAGUUUAAACUCAUUAAUUUUUAGUAAUGAAAUUAAUAAAGAUAGAAGGAAACAACAAUUUUAUAUGAAACCAGGGAAAGCUGCUGAAUUAAAGAAAUCAUUGAGACAUAGGAAAGUCUUCAUGUUGGCUUUUAAGAGAAUGAUGGAUGUAGUUAAGGAUGCCAAGAGGAAGGGGUAUUAA